CUGCAUCAUGGCGUCAGAACCCGGAAGUAGCGUUCGGAUACAAAUGCAUAGCUGGUCGUCCGUCUGCCAGCGGCCUUCUGUUCGCCUGUCCGUCUGCAGCUCAUACUCACCAACAAUGCGAGUCCUACAGGUGUCGAGCUCUCCACGCGUCCAGGCAGCGCUGACCAGCUCGUCUUCGGGUCUAGAGGGCUUCAAAGCUCAUGCCGUUUUCCAGGAGAUCGGUAAAAAGCUGCACGAGGACGGGGAGCAGUUCGUGAAGAAGAUCGGAGGCGUGUUUGCCUUCAAGGUGAAGGACGGUCCCGGAGGAAAGGAAGCCGUCUGGAUUGUUGACGUUAAGAACGGAAAAGGCUCCGUUCACAAUGAUGCCGAGAAGAAAGCGGACUGCACCAUAGCCAUGGCCGACUCUGACCUGCUGGACCUCAUGACUGGAAAGAUGAAUCCGCAGACCGCGUUCUUCCAGGGCAAACUGAAGAUCACCGGAAACAUGGGCAUGGCGAUGAAGCUUCAAAACCUGCAGCUGCAGCCGGGCAAAGCCAAGCUGUGAGAGGCGGAGCCUGCGAGGAGGCGUGGCCUGGGUUAGCUCCUCCCACCGAGUUCACUCGGUUAGAGUAGCUGCAGGAGUAAUUCAUGCUUCUGCGUUGUAGUUUGAGCCUCUUUCUAACAAGGUAAAGCGAUAGCUCACCCAAAAAAAUUUAAUUUGGUCAUCGUUUACUUCGUUUCACAUCGUUUCCAGAAUGUCAGCAGUACGUCUUUUUCCGAGCCGUACAUUUUUAUGGGUUUAUUUUUUGGGUGAAGUAUUCAAUUAUUUAAACAAAUCAAGGAGUUUGAUAGACGUUUUUUUCCCAUUGUUUGGCACCAAUAACUGUUGAAAUGGCAUGAAAUGAUUGGUUUAUUGGAAGCGAAGCCUGGUAAAGUGCCUAUAAACCUACACACUGGGCUUUGAUGGACGGACUUAUUGUUAAAACUUUCGUCUUUUUAGUCAUCGUAGGUCAUUAGGGGCAGGUUUGCGUCGCUGCUUAGAUGAAACAAACCGAUUCCACAAAUGCAUAUCCAUCCGAUCAGUGCUUGGAUAUUUCUGCCAGUGUCUCACAGGUAUAAAUGUAGCAUCAAAUCAACGUUUUUGACUGUUUCCCCAUCAGAUACUGAAAUACUUUUGUACUAAAUAAACCUAAUCUUUCUCAUUAAAA